AUCAAGCGGCGGUCUAUAAAUCUUCUCCGGCGCUUGGUUUCCACUCCUCCACCGUCUCCGUCGAUUCGUAUUUCCUGAAUUUUUGUCGAAUUCUCUUUCGCUUCACAGUGAUGGGUAGGAGAAAACAAUCCAAGCCACAACGUUCAGUGGGUUUGAUCACUCAAACCGGUUCUGAAUCAGAUGGAAAGAAAUUACCCGGUGAAGAAGCCGAGGGUUCUGGAGAAAAGAUUGUUGAAGAUAUCGAUAAGCCGUAUUAUGUGAACAUAUGUUUAAGUAGUCCAGUUUCAGAGCAGCAGCAGCAGCACUUUGAUUUAGCUGAAGUUGUUCUAACGAAUUUAAGUUUGAGAGAACGUGUAGGAAAUAGUAGUAAGAAUGAUCAUGAUCUUGAUUGCUCAUUACGGGUUAGGCUAUGUAAUGUGACUAGUUUUGUUGAUCGGAUUAAGCUUGGUCAUUGGCCGGUAUUGUCUUCGAGUGAUAUAACUUUGGAAUUGGUUGAUAAGAAGGUGUCUGAUGAUGAGGCUGAGUCAGUGAUUUGGUCUGCUAGUUUUGACGGUCCAGGUGAAGGGGUUUCGGGUCUUGCUCAUUUGGCAAGUAUCAAGUUUUUGACUUUAAGGCUCGUGCCGGGUAAUCAGGGCUUGUUGUCUCCUAGAGUUAGAGUUGAGAUGCUUCAGCAAGCCUUUGAUGCUUGUGAUUCGCUUCUUGAGAAUACACGGCAAAUAUGGAAAAAGAGUAUGGUUCACGUUAUGUCUUGGUUGAGGCCAGAGGUAAUGACAUCAGAGGCUAGGUAUGGGACACAACUAAACGUGAAGGAAACUGAGUCAUCAGUCGUGUUGGAAGGUGAAACUUUGGACUCUAGUAAGAAGUUUAGGUUUGAUGCUGCUGCUUUUUAUGAAGCCAUAAAGCCAUCAAAGAUGGAUCCGAUGCUUGAAGAUGACAUAACUGAUUUGCUCCCAGAACUUAGGCCGUACCAACGACGUGCAGCUUAUUGGAUGAUUCAGCGAGAGAGAGGAGAUCCAAUAACGUUGGGAGAGAAGGAAGACAACCAAUUCAUUUCACCUUUGUCUAUCUCCGUGGGAUUCCUUGACUCUGCUACAAAAAUGUUCUUUAAUCCAUUUAGUGGGAAUAUCUCAUUGGCUCCAGAGUAUUUUUCACCUCGAAUUCCAGGCGGUAUUCUUGCUGAUGAAAUGGGAUUGGGAAAAACGGUUGAACUACUUGCAUGCAUCUUUUCUCAUCGAAAACCAGCCGAGGAUGAAAUAUAUGUGUCUAACGGGCAAUCAGUUACCGAUGAUCGGAACACUGGUUUUAAAAGAUUGAAAAGGGAACGUGUUGAGUGCAUAUGUGGAGCUGUCAGUGAAAGUCGCAAAUACAAAGGAGUCUGGGUACAGUGUGACCUUUGUGAUGCUUGGCAGCAUGCUGAUUGUGUAGGUUAUUCACCUAAAGGGAAAGGUAAGAAGACUAGUCAACAUGUUGAUGAAAAAGUGUCUCAAAAGAAAAGCAAAAAGGAUGCAACGGAAAUUAUUGUCAGACAAGGUGAAUAUAUUUGCAAAAUGUGCGCUGAACUUCUACAAGUCACUGCCUCUCCCAUCUCUACGGGUGCCACUCUUAUUGUCUGUCCAGCUCCUAUAUUAUCACAAUGGCAUUCCGAGAUUACACGGCAUACGCGCUUGGGUUCACUCGUAACAUGUAUCUAUGAAGGUGUGAGGAAUGUCUCACUCUCUGAAGAACCUGUGAUUGACAUCACUGAACUCCUCAAUGCUGACAUUGUUUUAACUACAUAUGAUGUCCUCAAAGAGGACUUGACACAUGACUUCGACAGGCAUGAUGGUGACCGGCACUGUCUUAGAUUUCAAAAAAGGUACCCUGUUAUUCCUACUCCACUCACCAGAAUAUUCUGGUGGAGGAUUUGCUUGGAUGAGGCCCAAAUGGUGGAGAGCAAUGCAGCUGCUGCAACAGAGAUGGCGUUGAGAUUAUAUACCAAACACCGUUGGUGUAUCACUGGAACUCCUAUACAACGCAAACUUGAUGACUUGUCUGGACUGUUGAGGUUCCUUAAAGCAGAUCCGUUCGACGUGUCAAGAUGGUGGAUAGAAGUUAUAAGAGAACCGUACGAGAGACGAGAUGCAAAGGCUAUGGAAUUUACGCACAAAUUUUUCAGACAAGUUAUGUGGCGUUCUUCAAAAGUCCAUGUGGCUGAUGAAUUGCAACUCCCACCUCAAGAAGAAUGCGUCUCGUGGCUCAAAUUUUCUGCAAUUGAAGAACACUUCUACAGCAGACAGCAUGAAACUUGUGUGAGUUAUGCCCGUGAAGUUAUAGAAACUUUGAAACGUGAUAUUCUUAAAAGAGGUCAUACUUCUUCUGAUAAUCCUUUAAUCACUCAUGCGGAAGCUGCAAAACUGCUGAAAUCGCUCCUGAAAUUGCGCCAAGCUUGCUGCCACCCUCAAGUAGGAAGUUCAGGUUUACGUUCAUUGCAACAAACUCCAAUGACCAUGGAAGAAAUUCUAAUGGUCCUUGUGAAAAAGACUCAGAACGAGGGAGAAGAAGCUCUUAGAGUGUUAAUCGUUGCAUUAAAUGGGAUUGCUGCUAUUGCCAUGCUUAAGCAAGAAUUUUCCGAAGCAGUAUCGUUAUACAAAGAAGCAUUGAAUAUAACUGAAGAGAACGCCGAGGACUUUCGUCUUGAUCCAUUGUUAAAUAUUCACAUUCUUCACAAUUUAGCUGAGAUACUACCCUUGGCCGAAAGCUACAGUGCUGCGUCAGAAAGGCCUAAAACUAAAAUAGAUGAAAAUGAUGACGGUCACCAUCGUGCAUCGAAAAGGCAAAGGAUCAAUGAGCUCGAUAGUUUAACUCAUGAUUCUUCAGAAACUGCACAACAGGGGGAAGCCAUUUCUCCAGACAAUGGUUUAAAGAAGGAUAAAGAAUGUCAUGAAGAGUGCAAAACUCUGAAUAUAGUUUGUCACACAUUGAAAGUUAAGUAUUUAUCCUCAUUCAACUCAAAACUUUCUGCCGCUCAGCAGGAAUUCAGAAAGUCAUAUAGUCAGGUUUCCGAGUCAUUGAGCAAUAUGGAGACACAACGUUCGAGUUGGUGGUUGGAUGCCCUGCAACUUGCUGAACAAAAUAAAGACUUCUCUAGCGAGUUGAUCAGGAAGAUUGAAGAGGCCAUCCAUGGAGGCUUCAACAAAUCAAGCUCCACCAGAGCGAAUUCUCGCUUUAGAACUAUACAUGCCAUGAAACUUCAUCUGCAGACUUCUAUGGAUAUGCUGGAAAGCUCUAGAAAGAAAGCGAUAGAUAGGAUUCUAGAAAUUGACCAGACUAUGGAGAAACCAAAAAUGGAGGAUAUUGAGCGUAUUGGCAACUGCAAGUAUUGCAACAAGAAGGAUGAUGGCCCCACGUGUAUUCAUUGCGAGCUAGAUGAACUAUUCCAGGAAUACGAGGCUAGGCUAUUUCGUUUUAACAAAUCUCGUAGGGGAUUAAUGGAACUUGCAGCUGCUGAAGAGACAGUACAUUUGCAGAAGAAGAGAUCUGCCCUCAAUCUUUUCUUUAUUGGUUUGUCAUCAAAGAAUAAGGAUUCAAAUGCACCGCAUGGUGACAAUGAGGAGCCCACCAAAAGAAAUGCUGGUGACGCUGUGUUCGUUUCAAAAUCUCCAUCUCAGACGGAAAUAGUUCUUGGAGUGAUAAGAAACCAGUGUAAAAGCUAUUUAGAUGGGGAAAAUAAAUCGGCAGCCACAAAACAUUUGCAUACCCUUGAGGUGAUGCGAAAGGAAUAUGCACAUGCAAGGGCUUUGGGUAGGGCUCAAGCUCAACUCCUACGAGCCUACGAUGAGAUUAACAUGUCAACAAUGAGACUACAGCUUAGAGAAUCUGAAGAUGACACAUCGCUCUAUGCUUUGAGCCAAGAUGAGUUAGAUGUUGCUAGUGUACUGAACACAAAUGAUAAAUUUAUGGCUCAAUCCUCGUUGCUUAGUAUAAAAGGAAAACUUCGUUAUUUGAAGGGUUUGAUGAAAUCCAAGCAGAAACAAGAAUUAGAGAAUCCAGAUCGUUCCUCACCCAUACAGGAAACAGUCAAGGCUUCAGAUCCUGUUGAACAGGAUGGCGAAAACCUUCUUAAGAGAGAUGAAGCAUGCCCGAUAUGUCAAGAAAUCCUACGGAAUCAGAAGAUGGUUUUCCAGUGCGGGCAUUCCACUUGCUGUAACUGCUUUUUUGCUAUGACUGAGCGAAAAUCUGUACAAGAAACGCAGCAAAAGUGGGUGAUGUGUCCAAUAUGCAGGCAACAUACAGAUGUUAGAAAUAUUGCAUUUGCUGAUGACAGACGAGACAGUUCUUCGUCAGAUCAAGAUCACAAAGACAAUGAAGCAUCAUUGGUGGUUCAAGGUUCAUAUGGAACAAAGAUCGAAGCUGUUACUAGAAGAAUCUUAUGGAUCAAGUCAAGUGACCCACAAGCGAAGGUUCUAGUUUUUUCCAGCUGGAAAGAUGUUCUUGAUGUGUUAGAACAUGCCUUCGCUGCCAAUAGCAUCACCUUUAUCCGGAUGCAAGGAGGCAGGAAAUCACAGACAGCCAUUAGCAAAUUCAAGGAAUCUGAGAAAGAAACCCAAAAGACAAACUCCCAUCCAAAAGACACAAAAUCAAUUCAAGUCCUAUUGCUUUUGGUGCAGCAUGGUGCCAACGGUCUUAAUCUUCUAGAGGCGCAGCAUGUAAUUCUGGUGGAACCGCUUCUAAAUCCGGCUGCGGAAGCGCAAGCUGUUGGUCGUGUUCACCGGAUUGGGCAAGAGAAACCUACUCUAGUUCAUCGUUUCCUGGUAACGGGCACAGUGGAAGAAAGCAUCUACAAACUGAACAGAAAUAAGAAUACAAACUUAAAUUCAUUCAGCAGCAGGAAUACAAAAAAUCAAGAUCAACAGUUCUUGACACUGAGAGAUCUCGAAUCUCUAUUUGCUUCACCAGCAGCAGAAACAGCAGAGAUGGAAGAAAACACGGGAGAAAGACAGAAGAAUCUGAGAGAUCUACCGCCCUCAGUUGCUGCAGCAUUAGCAGCUGAGAGGAGGAUGAAGGAAAGUAAUGCAUCCUCAUCAACUACAAACGCAUCAUGAUCAUGAAAAAGGUUGCAGAAAGAUUGGUUCCAGCCAAAUAUAUUUUGUACAUGAUCAUCAACUACAAACGCGUCUCGCUGUCUGUACAUAAGAAGAUGGUGAAGAGAGAAGCAGUCCAAAAGUAAACUCUUUCUCUCGUGUUGUCUACAUUCAUAAUGUAACUAUAGCAGGCUUUUUAGAAACUUGGGCAAAGAAUAGGACUUUUUUCUUCAUUAAUUCAUUGUAUUGCAAAUUUGCAAUAGAUAUUGGCAUAUUGCUGCGUUAGGAUUAUAUCUAAAAUAACCAAUUAAAUAUCCAAACAAUCUGCUCUUAAUCUCUAUCAUCACAAGUCUCUUAUUAUCCAUAAUCUUAUGUACUUUUAUGGAAACGAGAACAUAAGAUAAAUGCAAAACUGGUUCUCUUUUCAAAUAACCUGAGUAAUGUGCUUUUCUUUUGUUAUAACAUUUGAGAAGACAAGUCAGUCUACCACAUUGAAGAAAUGAAACCACAAAUCCCCAGAAAAGAACCAAAAAUUUAUUCAGCUCCACGCCAAAGAGGCGAUAA